CAAACCAAUAUGAAAUUCCUCAUCUGUUUGGCUCUGUGCAUUGCAACCGCUCAGGCUGGCAUAUUGGCUGCACCGGUUGCCAGCUAUGCCGCAGUGGCGCCCGUUGCCACCUAUUCGGCCGUGGCGCCCAUUGCCACCUACUCGGCCGUGGCGCCCGUCAGAUAUUCCACCUAUGCUGCCGCGGCUCCCAUCUACAGGACACCUGUGAGCACUUAUGCCGCUGCGCCAGUCUACACAGCUCCCAUUACCGGCUAUGCUGCAGCGGCUGUGGCCAGUCCCUUCUGGAAAAAGUAG